AUGUCCGCAGUUAUUGAAACAGAAGCGGGAAAACAAAACUGGCCAAUAGCAGCACUUGGUGUUGGUAUUGCCGGAGGAGUUGUAGUUCUUGCUGCCAUUGUGGUUGUUGGACUGUUUUUUCUUCGACGAAGAAGAGUCAAUUUGAAAAUUAAAAGCAAAGCACAUGAAAAAGAACCUGAGAACUUGUUGGAGAUGUACCCCAAGGUGAACAAUGGAAAAACCACCCGAGCAAAGAACCCUAAGGGGGAUACCGACAAUUUUCACUCUGUCACCGUCGUAGGAAUUUCCAAUUACCAGAGUCCACCAACAAACAGGUCCGGAAAUAAAAGGACACCUAUCUUGACAGAAGACAAUCUAGAAAUUGACGAAGAUGAUGCUUCUGCAAAGGAAACUGCAGUAAUAUUUGAGGAAAAUGGAGGUUUUUAUUAUAACAACGCUGUAGAAAUUAGCAAAAUCAAAUUGCAUGUGACCGAUCUACCCGAAUAUGUACACAAUCUAUGUUUUAAGGACCUAGAAGAAGAAUUUCAGAAAAUUCCAUACGGUCUUGUAAAAGCCUAUGGCGUUUCACAAACGAAACUAAACAUGCACAAAAAUAGGUACAGAGGAAUCUACCCGUAUGAUGAUACGCGAGUUUCAGUUCGCGGUGGAGAAACAGACUAUAUUAAUGCAAGCUUUAUAGACGGAUUCAGAAGGCGAAAUGCAUAUAUUGCUACAUUGGGUCCUAUGGUUAAGCAGCUCGGCGAUUUCGGCCAAUUUUGGCAAAUGGUUUGGCAACAGAAAGUGGAGAAGAUUGUCAUGCUGACCAAUUUGGUAGAGGGAACGUUUACGAGCUGGCCAGACAAGGACAUCCCUGAUGAUGUCACAUCCUUUAUAGAGUUUAGACAGAGGGUGAAUGCCUUGUCGAAUACCUUCGAUGGACCAGUAGUUGUGCACUGCAGUGCUGGCGUAGGAAGGACUGGAACCUACAUAGCUCUUGACAUUCUUACAAAAGAGGGUGGGGCAGAAGGAGCUAUAGAUAUCCCGGGAUGCGUUCGCAACAUGAGACGGAACAGACCCAACAUGAUUCAGACCUUGAGUCAAUACAAGUAUAUUCACCAAGCUUUGGUCCAUACAUUGACUACUGAUUGUGUGUUCGUAAGAAGAGAACACUUCAGUCAAUAUAUGGACAAAUCAAGAAAACAAGAGAUACAGGAGCAGUUUGAGAAAAUGCAAUCGGAUCAUGAGCAAAAGUCGGAUAAGGAAUUGUUAGCUACGGAAAAGAAUCGACUUCUGGCAAAAAAGUACAGAAAACACACGGAUAUACCAGGUGACUCCAGCAGACCGCAUCUGAAUCUGUUGAUGAAAACCGACGAAUCCGAGAACAUCAAUGCGAUAUAUAUCGACAGUUUUAAAACAAAAAAUCGCUUCUUGGUUGCAAAACCACCUCUGCCUGACACAGUUUACGGUUUCAUUGCACUUGCUGUUCAAGAAAACUGUUCCUGUAUCGUUAGUAUGGAGGCAAACCUGGAAAAGCAUAAGGGACUUGGCAUAUACUUUCCUGGUGACAAUCCAACAAUGAAGAAGGGAAUAACUUCCGUACAAGCAAACACAGAUCGAAGUGCAAGAUACUUCGUUAAAAGAAUGCUUCAUUUCAAGCACGAAGGAACGACCAAGACAGAUGUGACAAUUCCACACUUUCAAUAUUUGGACUGGGAUACAAAGCACAAUGUGCCUAAGUCGCCAAAAAGCUUCCUUGCCUUCAUCAGAGAGGUUGAAGCCGUAUACAAAUCCUCUAACCUGAGUGGACCGAUACUGUUGCAUUGUCUAAACGGUGCAGGAAAGAGCGGCCUUUUUUGUGUUGUCUUGAUAUUACUUGAACAAUUGGAUGAAUAUAAUGAAGUCAGUGUUGUCAAUGCGGUGAAGAAAAUCAGAGCUAGAAGACCGCUCGCUAUUCCAAAUAAGGAACAGCUUUACUUCUGCUACGAGUGUGUUCUCCAUUCCGUAAACGAAACCGAUAAAGCUGUGUAUUACAACCUAAGAGGUGAUAUCCAGAGAAAAUGAACACGGCUGACCAAUUCGGCACAGUGGCACACGUAGUGUUAACCUUGACUCGAACGCAUGAAAGUAUAUACUCUUGAUAGUCAAAUGCUGACAUAAUAAGUUAUGUUUUUCAUUACGUUGAGACAUGAUGGCAAAAUGGAAAUUAUUUCCAUGUAACUUUAUUGCAACACUAUAUCACCUUCAUAGUAUUUCACCUGCCAAUAUAAACAUUGUAUUGUAAAUUCGUUGUAUUUGGUUUGGCUGUAUAUAUCAAUGCUUUUAUUACUUUAACCAUAUUGUAGAGUGUUUUCUUGUUAUGUUUUUAAAUGAUUCUCUCUAGCCUCAAUUUCUCAAAGCAUAACUCACUUAAGUAUCUUAUUUCAUUUGGUAAAAUUACUUACUUAGAUAUGAUUUAAUAAAACAAAAAGUAGCUUAUCUUAUUGCUCUCAAAUAUUAUUUCCUGUACAAAACCCAUUACUCUUUAAAAAGAGAAUAUUUCUUGAUACAAACCAAAUCCAAAAUAAUCUUAUGAGCUUGAUCCUGUUAUGAGGGAUUAUUUAAUGAUGUUUCGAGAAAUUUUGGCGCAUAAUUUCAAACGGGCAAGGCGUUAUAUGCAAGCGUACAGUGUCAACAAUUGCAAUUGAUUAGUAACAAAGGUAUUGCAAUAUAUACACGCUACUUAUAGCACGGUUAGCUAGCCUAUAUGCUAUAGAAAACAUACUACAUCAAAUCCUCGUGAGUGAAAUUAUUCAAAAUAUUAUUAUAAUCAGGUUAUUUAUGUAUAUACAAUCAUAUAUUGCAUUGUGUUUUUGCAAGGGCUUUUAACAUUCUACUUUGAAUACACACUUUCUUUGUAAAUUGUUAAAAAUAGACGUAAGGAAUAGUUUUUUUUUAUUUGUUGUUGUAUUUAACAAGGUUUUUACGUAUGUUUAAGUGUUGUAAGCGUUUAUAUGUAAAAUAACAUUUCAUUAGUUUUAUUGUUCAAUCAGGAAAUGUAUUGUAGGAGCAGAUGUGCACGCAAUGGUGGAGUGUAUGAAUUGUGUACAGCUGUGUAUAUCUUUGUGCAGUACUGUUGCUUAACAGCUUAUAUUAGUAUUUUGUAUUGUAGUUUUGAAAGAAAUUAUUUCAAUGAAUUACUUAAUUUUCUAAAAACUUUGAACAGUCCAAAUGAUGAAAUUGAAAUAAUUAGUAUUAUCAAAUAAUCUAUAA